AUGUCUUUGCCCGACCGUCUCAGUUUCUUUGAAGGUCAUAAACAUUUGGGCGGCGUACUUGUGUCAGACCAACUCCGACUCAUGGUUCUUGCCUACUUCCUUUGGGUGGCAUCAACAAUUGUUCAUUGUCGGCUGCAGAGGUUCCAUAGGCGAUUAAAGCAUUGUGCUCAGUUGCUUCGACCAAUUUAUAGGCAAUUUGCAGAUAAUCAAAACGCAGAAAUAUUUUCUGCUAACACAUUGCUUGUUAUUCUAGGAACAAGUCUUCUCACUGCUAGGGUUGAGUCAGACAUUGCUCCAUAUCGCGGCCUUCUAUUGGGUCUCUUUUUCAUGACGUCUAUGGAUACUGGAUAG